CCUGGCCACUAGUGGCCACGUGAUCCAUGUCAGGAUAUAUGCCGACCCCUAGUUAACUCGUAAUUAUUAUUAAAAAGCAAGCCAGCUUCACCGCUUCCUUCGAUAACUAAUAAUACCUCUGACUAGAUGACUACCUAAGCUAGUUAGCCGGGCAGGCGAUUGCCUACUAGGUCCCAGGGACCCAAAAGAACAUUUGACUAUGGCGGCACCUCCUGCGAUGACUUUGGUGACUACCAACCUCGGCUUGUUCAGUGCGCUUUCCGCUAUCAAGCCUGACUCGACUGAGGUCCCGGUCUCCAUUCUGUGGACGAACAUUUGCCUUACCUUCUUUCCUAUGGAUAGUUUCAAAAUCAGCAAAAAGGAAACCGUUUCAGUCGUUUUCCAAGUCCGGUUGCGACAUCCGCAAGUCGUCCAUCCCAAUAGCUCCUCCGACCUUGAAGAAAGACAAAUCUUCAUUGUCGAAUGCAAGCGGCCUAGUAAAGAUACUCCUGCGGAGUGGGAAGCUACAGCUGGUCAAUUGAGCCAUUACUGUGAACAGAACCUGGACGGUUCGACAAAGAUAUUUGGGGCUACUGCUAUCGGUACCAAAGUCAAAUUUUGGAGCUACAAUAAACCCCACCUCACGGAACUACACGGCGGAGUGUACGAUCUCUCGGAUCAAUCAGGACGUGACAAUGCCGAGCAGUCCUUACUGUAUAUCCGGGACAAUGGUUGGGCUUGGACUGCGUCCGGAUAGCCAUGGGCCGUUCAGU